AUGGCACUCAGUCCAGCACACCCACCACUGGCAACGCCGGCCAAAUUCACGUCAAACGACGAAAUCCACCAAGUCGACAAAAAACGACAAAUUCUACUGCCAACGCAGCUUGACUGCUUUGUCUACCUUGCCCAUCAAGGUGCUCAAACAAGCUUACCGCCUGCCGGUGUCGGAAUUCUGCAGCGCGCCGCCAGCUUCACAGUUAACUUCCCAGGCAGCCAACCGCCCCGCGUUAAACCGUUAGGUGACCAGUGCCUCACCGCCCACGAUUUCUGCCGCGCCGGCCGCCCUCCCAAGAGCUCAGCCGACGACCCACUCUUCCACGACAACUGCUCCUUCAACAACCACCUACUUGCCCAGUGA